AUGCCCAGCAACCAGCCACCAGUAACUGCAAUGCCUAGCAACCAGCCACCAGUAACUGCAAUGCCCAACAACCAGCCACCAGUAACUGCAAUGCCCAACAACCAGCCACCAGUAACUGCAAUGCCUAGCAACCAGCCACCAGUAACUGCAAUGCCCAACAACCAGCCACCAGUAACUGCAAUGCCCAGCAACCAGCCACCAGUAACUGCAAUGCCCAACAACCAGCCACCAGUAACUGCAAUGCCCAGCAACCAGCCACCAGUAGCUGCAAUGCCCAACAACCAGCCACCAGUAACUGCAAUGCCCAACAACCAGCCACCAGUAACUGCAGUGCCCAGCAACCAGUCACCAGUAACUGCAGUGCCCAACAACGAGCCACCAGUAACUGCAAUGCCCAACAACCAGCCAUCCGUAACUGCAAUGCUCAGCAACCAGUAA